AUGUCCGUCGCGUCGUCCCCAGGAAGGAGCAAUCCAGUGAUGAUCGACGAAGUGCACUGCGUCGAGAAAUGGGGCAAGUUUCGCGAGGACUAUACACGCCUGGGUGAUCUGCGUGUCUGGGCACCUGGAGUACCAUUUGUAGGGCUAACAGCGACUCUCUCAGCGGACGCGAUCCUACAAACUAAGGCGAAGCUUUUUUUGUCCAAGGCGACGAUGAUACGCGUGAACGAGGUUCGCAUGAACGUGCGUCUCGAGGUGCACACUCAGCCCAAGGAUGCCAUGAAAGGCCUCCAUAGCCUUUUGCACAAAGAGAAGACCAUCGUUUACUUUGAGACGAUCGCUGUUCUCAUCCGUGUUUUCAAGUGUCUGCAGAGGAUAAGGCCCGACCUGCGAGGAAGACUCGGCUUGUACUUCUCAACACUAGAUGAACACACCGUCCAGGAGUUCAACACCCAUCCAUCGACCGCGAUCGCUCAGGAGUAUCAGAAAUGUCUUAUCGAACACGAAGUCAAUGGCCUUCUGAAGCAAGUGAUCGUGAGCCGCCGUGUGCUUAUUAGCAAGUAUAUGGACUGCGAGCGUCUGCCGCCAGAGGCUGAGAUGAGGGACAAAGUACUGGAGAUUCUUACUAGACUGUAA